UAUUCCUUCUUCUCUCUUGCACACUCGAUGGAGCUCAUCUUUGGGGUGAGACUCUUCCGGCGGCUGCUUGCCGAACUCGCAGCGUCGACAGGAGGAGGUGGCGGCGAGCCGCCAAACGGGGCGUGAACUCGGACGAGGUCGUCAUCCUGACGUCGCUACUCUGCACCCUCAUCUGCCUCGUCGGCUGGGGCUUCAUGACGCGCUGCGCCUGUUGGUGCCGCUUCGGCUUUAGCAGCGGCGGCAAUGACGAUUACGACGAUGUAGAGACCAAUAAGGGCCUCAAGCAAAAAGCCAUCCGUGCUAUUCCCGUCGGGGCCUUCGACGCCGGGGCCUGCAAGUCCACCAACUGCUCCAUCUGCCUGUUCGAAUUCCUCACCGGCGAGCAGGUGAGGGUCUUUCCCCUUUGUGGCCACUGCUUUCACCCAUCCUGUAUUGACACCUGGCUCUCCUCCCACUCCUCCUGCCCAUCCUGCCGCCGCCUUCUCCUCUCCCGAAAGACUGCCGCCCCUCCCCCUCCUCCGUCGCCACUGCCUCCAACCGUCCGGAGGUGCCAAAGAUGCGGGUUGCCGGAGAAUUGCUCUCAGGCGCCCGCCCCCGAUGCCGCCGCCAGUGGCGCCGGUAGGGAAUGUCGACCAAGAGUCAAUUACAGAGAAGGAAAAAAGCAUGGCGGGUAGUUGGAAGCUAUAAAGGUUAUUGCCUUCGGAUUGUUGCAGAUCUUUUGCGUGGGAAUUGACAGCAGUUUGGUACGGUCUUCAUCGACAAGACUUACAAGGAAGACCUACCUAACCCUUUUAAGGCACCCAUAAAACAUCUUGGUGUUCAUUUUCUAAACCUGCAGAUUGUACGCUACAGAGGAACACCAGCAACGGUUUGAGACAACCAAAGCUGACCCGGUGACGCUAAACUUGUUUGGAUCUCAAUUUUGCAUGUUGAUUCAAUUAAGAUGGUUUCCUAAACUCCUAGAUUUCUCUGUUUCAAUUUGAUGCUUAGAUACUCUCUCUCUCGCUA